CACGCAGCUCGUUGUGAUAGCCACAACGUUGCUGGAAUCAAACAAAGGAUUCCAAACUCGCGUGUUGCUCUUUGAUGCAUUGCUGGUUAUCUUGUUUCACUUAAUCGACGACUCACGUACCCCAUAGCGCGUCCCUUUUACGCGUCCGUACCAGCCAGCAACGGCCGAACCAUCAAUCCAACAAUCAACAUGUCUUUUGGAGGUUUAGGGACGGGAUUUGGAGGCGCUGAAAAAAAGACGGGCACUCUAUUCGGCAGCACGACAGCCCCGGCAGGUGGUCUUUUUAGCCAAACACAACAGCCAACAGGAGGAAGUUUAUUCGGCGCGACGACAACAACCCAGCAGCAGCCACAGCAGCAACAGCAGAAUGCAGGAUCAUCACUUUUCGGAAACACGCAACAGAAUGCGGGAUCAUCACUUUUUGCGAACACGCAACAACAGCCUCAACAGCCCCAACAGCCGCAGCUCAACAAUAGCUUGUUUGGGGGAAAGCUGCAACCUGCUCCUACACUUCCUGCUCUCCAGGCACAGCAGUUGGCCCAGUCGCAACAAGGUCUCCCACAACUACGACAGAAUGCAGAUUCCGGCUUAGCAAGUAGCCUGCUCAGUGGACAACGCGAAAAAUCUGUCACCCAGCAAAUGCAGGUGAUAGCUGAUAAGUGGAAUCCAAAGAGCUUCAACUGCGCCUUCCAACAUUACUUCUACAAUGAGGUCGACCCUGAUCAAGUUCCGUAUUAUGGACCACAGCCACACGAGGAUGAAAAGAAGUGGGAGGAGGCGCUCGCCAAUAAGCCUGGUCCAGGAUCAAUCCCAAUACUAAUCAGUGGAUUCGACGAGAUGGCCGCGCGUAUACAAUACCAGAACUUGGCAGUGACCGCACUUCGGACGCGUCUGCACCAAAUCAACGAAAACCUCAUCGCGUUGAGGAAUACACACGAGUUCAAGAUCAGUAUCCGCCUCCAAGAAGCGAAAAGGAAACAUGUCGUUCAUACACAAAGGACGUUGGCUUUGGCAACUAAAGUACAAAUUCUGCGGAACCGCGGAUAUGUAAUGGACCAGGCAGAGGAAGAAUUAAAGAAGAAGCUUGCUGAGUUGGAAAGAAAGACAUUCGACCCCGUUCUUAGUGGACGACAGGAAGAGAUUUGGGCGAGAAUGUCGGGAGUCAGGGAGCGCGCGCGGAUAUUGCAAGAGGAAACGGAAAAACUAGCCAAGACCGUUGACAGCCAGCAAGGCGAAGUCUUGAGCGAAGAGGACCAGAAGCAGAUUGAAAAGCUCUUGAAAGACUACGACAAGCAGCUCGACCAUCUUAAAAAAUGGGUUGAUGAUACUAAAGAGGAAUAUGAGGUAUGGGAGAAGGACAGGAAACCGUCAAAGUCCGCUGGGAGGUGAACGGGGGAUACGAUGCUGUCUCGAAAUAGGCACGGAUCGUGUGAAAGUACGCCGGCAACUUCUUGAGUGAUCUAGAAGACGAAGCCUGGCGAUUCUUUAGAUACCAACGGCUUGCUACAACAAUAAUCCUCAUAAUACCACUUCUUGUACUAUAUUGGCUGUUAUUCUGCGGUGGUGGGGAUAGAAGCGCUAUAGGCACUUUCAUGAGCUGCUCUAGAGACUCGAUUUCAUUUCUCUUCUUUAAUUGGAUAUCUAUUCGUGUUUCAUCCUCGGUUGUCAUGUACAAGUGUGUUUAGGACUUGUGCGCCUCCCCAGUAUUGUUACAAUUGCAUGCUUCUUAUCCACAACUACUUUUACAGAGUGAUCGGCCGUUCGAACGCCGCUCGAUUUGAAUUGGUAGACCGAUGGAUC